AUGAAGGCCUACUGGUACGACAACAAGCCGGGCGACCAGCGUGAGCCGCACGACUCCGGCCGCCCCGUCUCCGAAGAGAAGCUUGCGUCCCUUGGUGUCCUGUACCGCCACUGCCCGACCAUUGAUUCCGUCGACAGUAUUGCCAAAGAUCGCGGCUACAAGAACCGCGACCAGAUCUGCGUUUCCCCGCAGACUAUGGGUGAUGUCUAUGAGGAGAAGGUGAAGAUGUUCUUCGCAGAGCACCUACACGAGGAUGAGGAGAUCCGGUAUAUUGUGGAUGGUGAGGGCUAUUUUGAUGUGCGCGGUCAGGAGGACGAGUGGAUCCGCAUCGAUCUGGUCAAGAAUGAUCUGAUCAUUCUCCCUGCUGGCAUUUACCAUCGGUUCACGACCGACGCUCAGAACUACGUCAAGGCUAUGCGCCUCUUCCAGGACGAGCCCAAGUGGACGCCGCUCAACCGUGGCGCUGAGGUUGAUGUGAACCCGCACCGGAAGAACUAUGUGGAGACCGUCUUGCAGCCCACUGCGGCUGUGAACUAG